AUGCGGGUCCCCCCGCGGUGGGGGUUGGGCUGCCCGGCCGGGCCCUCCGAGCUCCGCCGGGGCCGCGUGGGGACCGCGCGGGAGCGGCGGCAGCGGCGGGGGGACACCGGUCAGUGCCCCUUUGCCCCUGUGUCCUGCUCCAUCUCCCAGCCCAGCACGGCCCCGGCUGCAGCACAGCCCCUGUGCCGGGGACGCCCUGGGGCAUCUCCUUGCCCUUGCCUGUGGCGCGGAGGCAAAUGCCAUCCUCUGCUUGUCCUUCCUCCCCCAGAGCAGGAGCUGAGGCUGGAGAGCAGGGAGGACAAAUCCCCGGGGCAGAAGCUCGUGGCAGAGGCCGUUUGGAGCGGCUCCACGGCGCAGGAAGGCAACGGGGAGGAAAAGGCCCGGAGAUGCCGCACGAGGAGGGGCUGCAAAGGCAGAUGGCGGCGAUCUGAGGGGGAAAGACCCAGCCUGGGCCGGGAAGGCGGCCGGAGAUGGAGCCAGAGCUCGGAGCUGGUGCUCCCUGAGCAGCCCCAUGAUGGGGAGAAGCCCCACACGUGCGUGGAGUGUGGGAAGAGCUUCAGGUGGAACUCCAAGCUGAUCGAGCACCAGAGGACCCACACUGGGGAACGGCCCUACGAGUGUGAUCAGUGCAGGAAGAGGUUUAAGACCAGCUCUGAUCUCCUGGUGCACCAGCGCACGCACACAGAGGAGAGGCCCUUCCGCUGCCCCGACUGCGGGCAGGGCUUCAGGCACAACGCCCAUCUUGUCAGGCACCGGCGCAUCCACACUGGGGAGAGGCCCCACGAGUGUGGGGAGUGUGGGAAGAGCUUCAGCCAGCAUUCCCACCUGAUUGUCCACCAGAUGAUCCACACUGGGGAGAGGCCCUACGAGUGUGAUCAGUGCAGGAAGAGGUUUCGGAUCAGCUCCAGUCUCCUCCGGCACUAUUGGAUUCACACAGAGGAGAGGCCCUUCUGCUGCCCCGACUGCGGGAAGGGAUUCAGGCACAACUCCACCCUCAUCACCCACCGGCACAUCCACACUGGGGAGAGGCCCUACGAGUGUCCCCAGUGUGGGAAGAGCUUCUCCAGGAGCUCUCACUUGACCCAACACCAACGGAGGCACCGGUAAGGGAAGCCCUUACUGAUUUCUGUCCCGUUCAUUCUCAGUCAGCUGUUUGCAGAGUGCCUCUUUCUCAGAUGAUUAAAUUCCUAUAAAAGUCCCAUUUUUUAAAUCAUCCAACCCAAACAAUCCAAAACCAAUAUCCAAGUAAAACCACCCACCCGCAAUUAAAGUUUUAAAAGUAAUUUUAAUUGGUUUGGAGUACUCAAGGGUGUUGUUAAAGUUUAAUUGUUUGGUUAAAAUGUAUGAGAAAUUAUGAUGGUGUUUGGUUUUGUGUUUGGUGUAUUUGUAAUAGGAAUUGUUUUAGU